UUCCCUUUUCCUUUCCUUACGAAAACACCGUCAAAUGAGUUGAUGCCGUCAACGUAGUUUCGUCGUCCCUUUCGUCUCUACACGCGCAAACCUUCACUACCGCUUCACUCUUUUAGCGGGCACUCGCUUCCCAAAGUCGAUAAUACUCAAUUCCCCUACUCAAGAAAAAAAGGCAACUUAAUUCACCAUGAAGGGCUCCAUCCUCGCAGUCGCUGCCGCGACCGUCACCGGUGUCACCGCCGCUGCUCACCGUCACGCCCACGCCGACCUCUUCAAGAGAGGCGCUGACCAGGCCUCCGUCUGUGUUCCCGGCUGCACCACCAUCUACACCACCAUCUACGGCGAGCCUACGCUGGUUCCUAACCCCCCCAGCAAGCCCAGCAGCAAGUCCGUCGCCAGCGCCCUUCCCUCGGCGCCUGCGACCACCAAGGCCGCGGAGAAGCCCACGUCCACCGCAAAGCCCGUGGUGCCCGUCCCGACUCCGGUCCCUGAGCUCUGCCCUACCCCGGGUACCUACACUUUCCCGGCCACGACUAUCACCGUGAACCAGACCACCACCGUCUGCGCUCCUGAGACCACCAAGGUUCCUGCCGGUGUCCACACCAUCGGUGGUGUCACCACCGUUGUCGUCGAUGCCACCACCGUCGUCUGCCCGUACGCCACUGAGAAGACCAAGGAUGGUGUUGUCACCAGCGUCAUCGAGACCACCACCUACGUUUGCCCUACCCCUGGCACUUACACCAUUGCUCCCACCACCACGACCGUGACUGCCCCGACCACCUGCGUCUACCCCGUCGUCACCGAGAUCGUCCCCGGUACCUACGUUCGCCCUCCCGUCGUGACCACCAUCACCGAGACCAGCGUCGUCGUUGUCUGCCCCUUCACCAGCCAGAACCCUGAGCCCACCAGCAGCUCCGUCCCGGUUGUUGUCCCUGCUCCCGCGCCCACCACCGAGGCCCCCAAGCCUGCUCCUACCACCGAGGCUGCCAAGCCCACCACCCAGGCUCCCGCUCCCGUUCCCACGACCUCCGCCGUCGCCACCCCCGAGCCUGUUCCCACCACGGCCAAGACUUCCUCUGCUGCCGCUCCUUCCUCCUCUGCCCCCGCCACCGGCGGUGGCCUUGGAGGAAACAACGGCGACCACUGGGCCAUUACCUACACUCCCUUCUCUGAGGAUGCCUCUGGAUCCUGCAAGACCGCCGACCAGGUCGAUGCCGACAUCUCCACCAUCAAGAACUCCGGCUUCCGCACCGUCCGUGUCUACUCCACCGACUGCAGCACCCUCGAGAACGUCGGCGCCGCCUGCAAGAAGUACGGCCUCCAGAUGAUCAUUGGUAUCUUUGUCAAGGAGUCUUGCGACCCCAACUCCGCCGACGUCAAGAACCAGGUUGACGCCAUUACCGCCUGGAAGCAGUGGGGCAUGGUCGAGCUCGUCGUCAUCGGUAACGAGGUCAUCUUCCAGGGCCGCUGCUCCGCCAGCUCCCUGAAGCAGCUCAUCGUCUCCACCAAGGCUGCCAUCACCGCCGCCGGCUACUCUGGUCCCUACACCACCGCCGAGACCGUCGGUGUCUGGCAGCAGUCUGAUGUCAUCUCCGAGAUCUGCGACGUUAUCGACGUCGUCGGAGGUCAGAUCCACCCCUACUUCAACGCCGAGACCGCCGCCACCGACGCCGGUACUUUCGUCAAGGGCCAGAUUGAGCUCCUCGAGAGCUCCCAGAUCUGCGGUACCAAGCCCGCCUACAACCUCGAGUGCGGAUGGCCUUCCGGUGGUAACUGCAACGGCAAGGCCUGCCCCGGUACCUCUGAGCAGGCCACCGCCAUUGCUUCCAUCAAUGAGCUCGCCGGUGGAAAGACCGUCUUCUUCUCUUUCCACAACGACGAGUGGAAGGACCCCGGCACCUGCGGUUGCGAGCGCACCUGGGGCUGCGGUGACCUCUUCUCCGCUUAAAGAGAAUUAGCAUCACGAGACCAGGAACAAGAAAGGGAAAUCGAAGACAACAAAUGGAUAGCCCCCCCAAUUAUUUUCUAAUUCAACGUUCGGCAUUUGAACAUACAAAGAGACCAAUCCCUCUUCCCUCCGACGUUGCCUUGAGGUGUACCCAUGAGUCCAGAUAAAAAAGACAAAAGAAAACCCCCCUUCUUUUCCGACGAAAACGAUUUGCAACGUUUCCCUUUCAAGUGUACAAUGACAAUUGGAUACCCCCAACAGUAGAGGACUUCAAGUGAACCUU